GGUGGAGAGGCCAGUCACGGGCUGUGGACCCUCUUGCACUUCGGUUUUGCCGUCGGGUACCCGCAGAGAGAUAUGUAUCUCGACCAACGACGCGUCUACUCGAGCCAGGUUCCUUCCUUUCGUCUCCAGUCUGAACUCUGGCCGCCAACAUGCCAGCAAAAGCCGUGAACAACGUCGUUGUCAACGACGAGAAGGAGAAGGCCUCCAUCGAGCAGCGGUCCCCUGCCGAGUCGUUCGAGGCUCGCGCCGACGACGAUGCGGAACUGCUCGCGCCAGAGGUCCGGCAGGCUGCAGAGCGACGGCUCGUUCGCCUGCUGGACGCCAGACUCAUGCCAACGAUUAUCAUUAUAUUCAUCAUGAACUACAUUGACCGCGUCGCUAUUACGUCUGCGAAGUUGCAAGGAUUGACGCAAGAUCUGAAUCUCACAGAUCUGCAGUACACCACGGUCAUUGCAGUCCUAUAUGCAACCUACGUUCCUGCGCAGAUCCCCUCGAACAUGAUCCUGAACCGUAUUUCAAGGCCGCAUUAUUACAUCCCGUGCUGCGUUAUGGUCUGGGGUCUCGUGAGCGCUCUGACAGGAGUGACGCAUGACUACACCGGUAUCAUCAUCUGCAGGCUUUUCAUCGGUCUUCCAGAGGCAGCAUUUUACCCCGGAGCGAUGUACCUCCUCUCGAGAUGGUAUACCCGGAAGGAACUUGCUUUCCGCGGCGCUAUUAUCUACGGCGGUCUGUUGGUCUCGAACGCGUUUGGAAGUCUGAUUGCUGCCGGGAUCCUUGGCGGUAUGGAAGGCAAGAUGGGAAUCGCAGCGUGGCGAUGGCUAUUUUAUAUCGAGGGAGCAAUCACAAUCUGUGUCGGUCUUCUCGCUAUGCUUCUCCUGCCGGAUUACCCGCACAACACUCGUUGGCUGACUCCCGCUCAACGUCGACUGGCCCAAGUGAGGCUUGCGGAGGAUGCAGGGGAGGCGGACGAAGACGGACAACACGAGACGGCCUUCUCUGGCUUCAUGAUGGCGAUCAAGGACCCGAAGGUCCCCAUCUUCAUGGUCAUGUGUUGCUCGCAGCUGCUCGGACUCAGCUUCGUCAACUUCUUCCCGACUAUCGUUGACACCAUGGGAUACUCGACGACGAUUACCUUGCUUCUCUGCGUUCCUCCAUGGAUUCUUGCCACCAUUGUGUGUGCAACGAAUGCCUGGCAUGCAGAUCGGACGGGAGAGCGUUUCUUCCACCACUGCGCACCAUGGUGGGGUGUCAUCGUCGGCUAUAUCAUCGGAGUAACGACUAUGACCACCGCCGGGCGAUACAUAGCGAUGUUUCUCAUGGCAUGUGGCUACGCAGGCUUCGCACUCACGGCGGUCUGGGUAUCCAACGCGAUCCCGCGGCCUCCCGCAAAGCGGUCAGCUGCUAUCGGGCUGGUGAACGGGUUCGGGAACAUCGGAAACCUGAUCGGCUCCUUUACUUGGGAGGCACAGUGGGGCCCGCAAUACCACCAGUCGAUGUAUAUCGGGAUCGCAGCGAUGGGUCUCGCCACCGUGCUCUCCUUGGUCAUCCGGUUCAUGCUCGUUGCACAGAACAAACAGCUUGCGCGCGAGGAGGCGGAGGCACUCAAUAACCCAGAUCACCGCCAGCGUAUCGAGGACGCGGCUCGGCUCGAAGGCCUCACGUUCGAGGAGGUGGUAGAGCGCAAGAAAGGGAUCCGGUACCUCUAUUAGGUUAGCUGGUUCUGGACCCGGGCCUGCUUGUGUGCGCGGGCUCCGUGCAGUGGUGUUGUACGAUAUCAUGACGAUGAGGGGAGCUGGAUUGGCUUUGUGUACGCGUGUCCUGUAAGAUAGUAUGCGCUGAUCCGUCCGCACGCUACGAUGUAUGUAC